AUGUCUUACGAGAUGGGUCACAUCGGCGCUCGCGCUUUUAAUCACGAGCAAUCGAGCCAGUCUGAAGAGGAAUACGAUCGCCUGAGAGGCCUAGCUCGCCAGGAAGCCGAUAAACGGAAUCACUGUUUCGAGACGUCCAAACAAGCGUACGAGAAUGGCGACGGGGCGCGUGCCAAACAGCUCUCCGAAGAAGGCAAAGCGCAUGGCCGCAAGAUGAACGAGUAUAACAAACAAGCCUCAGAAUUCAUUUUCCGUGAAAAUAAUGCGCCGGGCCGAGUCGCGGAUGACACAAUCGAUCUUCAUGGACAGUUUGUGGAGGAGGCGGAGGAUAUAUUAGAAGAGCGCAUCAAGUAUGCGCGCCAACAUGGGCAGACGCAUUUGCAUGUUAUCGUCGGCAAAGGCAAUCACUCCACGAACCACGUUCAAAAAAUCAAGCCGCGCGUUGAACAAGUCUGUCGCGAACUUGGUCUCCAAUACUCCGUGGAAGACAAUGCAGGGCGUAUCUACGUGAAUCUCACCGGUGGUCCUGCGGACAUGCCACCUGCACAUCACGGCGGCCAGCACCAACAACAACCUCACUACGGUGGCGGUGGAUACCAACAACCGUCGACUUACCCUGGUCAACAGCAGUCACAGCAACAGUACGGCCAAGGCCAGCAAGGCGGCCAGCAGGACGAACUCGAGCAGAUUGUCCAGAAGAUACUUCCCAAAGUAUUGCGCAAGCUCGGGGAUUGUUGCAUUGUCAUGUAG